CAACCUUUACCCAACAAACUUGUGUAAACCUAAACUCACAUCACAUGGCCACCGCACCAAUAUCCUUUUUCUGCAUCCCCUGCCUACUGAUCUGAUCCAUACCAUUCAUUCAUUUAUGUAAAUGUAAAUAAUCACAUUCACAGCUCACAGCCCACACAAGAAGAAGAAGAGAAAAAAAGGAGGCCCGCUAUCAUAAAAUUCACAGCACAGCUUGGUGGUGUGGAUGGCCAGAUUUCAAUCAUUGCCCCUUGUUACUAAUUAAUUUAAUUAAUUAUUCACCGUACGCAACACACUAACAUUGAGCUUCAAUGUUCUUAUUCGGUCAUUUCAUUCCAAAACAACAAUAUAUUAUCGUAUCGAUGGAAGCCAAAAAAAAAAAAAAGGAAAGAUCACCGAUUUUUUCAAUGUUACUCAACUACCAAUUACAACUCAAAAUACCUUGUUGUAGAAUGUAGACCAUACAUGCAUUGCCGAUUCCGAUUGAACCUGAUUCCCUAGCUAGUAGCUACCACACCAUUCUCCAUAAUUCAUACUACUAAAACAAUAAGAGAGAAAUACCCAUACUUUGCUUUUUACCUCUUCCCUCGAGUCAGGUCAGGUCUCGUUAAUUUCCCUCUCUGUUUGGUUUCAGUCUCCCCUGUAGCUUCGUCCCCCUCUCUUUUCCCUUCACGUGACUCCCUCUGAGCUUGCAAUUCCGACACUAUACUGCCUCACCUAGAUUGCUCCCCUCUUUGUCACCUAGCGCUUCCUUCUCCCUCCCUAAACCCUCUCCGCCAUGGCCAAUCAUCCCCUCCAUCCCUAACCCAACCACCAUUCCUCCACCGCCAGCCGCAACAAAAAUGACCAACAACUACCUCCUCCUCCUCCUCCUCCUCCUCCUUCUUCUACCCGCUUCAUCUUCUCCCUCCCCGCCUCCUUCCGACGCCGAAUCCCUCCUCGCAUUCAAAUCCAAAGCAGAUUUACACUCCACCCUCCAUUACUCCCACAAAUCCUCCCCCCAGCUCUGCCUCCACUGGCAAGGCGUCCGCUGCCUCCAUAACCGAAUCACCCACCUCGUCCUCCAGAACCUCCUCCUCGGCGGCGUCUUCCCCGCCGAAACCCUAACCUCACUCGACCAGCUCCGCGUCCUCGGCUUACAAAACACCUCCCUCACCGGCCCAAUCCCCGACCUCUCCAACCUCCUCAACCUCAAAUCCCUCUUCCUCGACCACAACUACUUCUCCGGCUCUUUACCACCUUCCCUCUCCUCCCUCCACCGCCUCCGCACCAUCGACCUCUCCCACAACAGCCUCUCCGGCCCCUUGCCCCGAUGGCUCGCCUCCCUCGACCGAUUGAACUCCCUCCGCCUCGAGUGGAAUCGAUUCAACGACUCCAUCCCGCCGCUCAACCAGUCCUCCCUCAUCUCCUUCAACGUCUCCCACAAUGUCGACCUCAAUGGAGCGAUUCCCCUCACCCCUACGUUCCUCCGCCUCGAGAUCUCGUCCUUCUCCCUAAACCCUAACCUCUGCGGCAAGAUCUUGAAAAGGGAGUGCCAUCCCGGAACUCCCUUCUUCGGCUCCCCCUCGCCGUCACGGCCGACGGCGCCGGCGGCGCCCUCGGGCCAAUCCGCGGAGCUCCGCGGCGUCAAUUUAACUCAUCCGAGCCGAGAUCCAGACCACCACAAGAGGAAAUCGGUGAUUAUCGGAUUUUCUGCGGCGGUUUUCGCGAUUAUUUUGUCGUCGCUGCUGCUCUGUUUCGCGGUGGCGAUUAGGAGGAGACGGAGGAGCCAGAGCGAGUUUUCGUCGCCGGAGAAGGCGGCCGUUGUGCUCGACGACGCCGUGUUGCAGAUAGACCAGCAGGAGAGCGAGCUGGAGGAGAGAGUGAGGAGGGCGCAAGGGAUGCUUCUGGCUGGGAAGACGAAGAGCGGGAGCCUGAUGUUCUGCUGCGGGGAGGAGCAGCUGUAUACGCUGGACCAGCUGAUGCGAGCUUCGGCUGAGCUGCUGGGGAGAGGCACGGUGGGGACCACUUACAAGGCCGUGCUCGACAGCCGUCUGAUCGUCUGCGUGAAGCGGUUGGACGCCGUCCGAUUGAGCGGCACCAGCAAGGAAUCGUUCGAGUCGCACAUGGAAUCGGUGGGCGGGCUCCGGCAUCCCAAUUUGGUUCCGUUGAGGGCUUAUUUCCAGGCCAGGCAGGAGCGGCUUCUCGUCUACGAUUAUCAGCCCAACGGUAGCUUACACUCCCUGAUCCACGGUUCUAGAUCGGCGAAGGGGAAGCCGAUGCACUGGACGUCGUGUUUGAAGAUAGCGGAGGACGUGGCGCAGGGGCUGGCUUAUAUACACCAAGCGUGGCGGCUGGUCCACGGCAAUUUGAAGUCAACCAACGUUUUGCUCGGGCCGGAAUUCGAGGCGUGCAUCGCCGAUUACUGCCUCGCCGUGCUCGCCGAUUCUUCUCCGCCGGAAGAGGAAGAUCGGGACGCGGCUGCUUACAGGGCGCCGGAGAUGCAAAAUUCGGAGGCGGCAACGACGAAGUCUGAUGUGUAUUCGUUUGGGAUUCUGCUGAUGGAGUUGCUGACGGGGAGGGCGCCGUCGGAGCUGCGGCGGAUGGCGCCGGAGGAGAUGACGGAGUUGGUGAUGGGCGGCGGAGGUGGGAUGGAGGAGGGCGGGGGAGGGAAUGUGAGGAUGGAGAUGCUGCUGGAAAUGGCGGUGAAGUGUAGGUCGGCGGCGGCAGAGCAGAGGCCGACGAUGUGGCAGGUGUUGAAGAUGUUGCAGGAGGUUAAGGAGACGGCGUCGGUGGAGGAGGAUGGAGCGGAGGUAGUUACAAGGAGUGAGGAUGGGACGUCGGUUUAAGUUGUCGUUGUUUGAAGGAUUAGCUUGUAGUGUAGAGUGUAGACUCUAAUUGAUUGGUUCAGUAGGUGAUGUAUAAUUCCUCUGGUCCUGCAUUUUGACUGGAUAUUAUUUUGUUUAGGGUACAAAAAUGGAUUGAGUUUGAUGGGCCGCAAGAAGGGUUGAGCUUGCAAGUCCAGGUCAAGGAAAACUGAAAACCAUUCUUAAUUCACUGGAGCCCAACCGUUGUCUUGAAUUCCUGUGGGUGAUCUGAUGGCGCCAGCUUCAUCUGCUUACAUUGAACAAACAAGUACUGGACUAAAGUUCUGUGCAUGGG